AUGGGUUCUUGCUUCAGUUCUAGAGUCAAAGCCGACCUUUACCACAAUGGUAAGAGCAGCGAUCUGUACGGUCUAAGUAUGUCGAGCCGGAAAUCUUCGUCGACUGUAGCGGCGGCUCAAAAGACGGAAGGGGAGAUUCUCGAUUCGACGCCGGUCAAGAGCUUCACCUUCAACGAGCUCAAACUCGCAACACGAAACUUCAGACCGGACAGUGUGAUCGGCGAAGGUGGCUUCGGUUGUGUCUUCAAAGGCUGGCUGGAUGAAACCAAUCUCACUCCGACCAGACCCGGUACCGGUUUAGUCAUCGCCGUUAAAAAGCUUAACCAAGAAGGUUUUCAAGGUCACCGUGAAUGGCUGACAGAGAUUAAUUACUUGGGGCAAUUAAGUCACCCGAAUCUAGUAAAACUGGUCGGUUAUUGCUUGGAGGAUGAACACCAUCUCCUCGUCUACGAGUUUAUGCAAAAAGGAAGUCUCGAGAAUCAUCUAUUCAGAAGAGGUACAUAUUUUAAGCCACUCCCAUGGUUUCUACGGAUCAAAGUCUCGCUUGAUGCAGCAAAAGGUCUUGCUUUUCUUCACAGCGACCCCGUCAAAGUGAUUUACCGAGACAUUAAAGCCUCCAACAUUUUGCUUGAUGCGGACUACAAUGGAAAACUUUCCGACUUUGGUCUAGCUAGAGACGGUCCGAUGGGCGAUCUAAGCUACGUUAGUACAAGGGUCAUGGGUACAUAUGGCUACGCCGCACCCGAGUACAUGUCAUCAGGUCACCUGAAUGCAAGAAGCGAUGUGUACAGUUUCGGAGUUGUGCUGUUAGAGAUUUUAACGGGUAAACAAGCGUUGGACCAUAACAGACCGGCCAAAGAAGAAAACCUAGUGGAAUGGGCUCGACCGUACCUAACAAGCAAGCGCAAGGUUCUCCAAAUCGUGGACGCUCGGCUAGACACGCAGUACCUACCAGAAGAGGCGAUAAGACUGGCCAGCAUUUCGGUGCAGUGUCUCUCUUAUGAACCUAAGGCGCGUCCGACCAUGGACCAAGUAGUCCGUGCCUUGCAACAACUUCAGGACAACUUGGGAAAACCGACUCCUCCUGAUCCGGUUAAGGAUGCCAAGAAAUUGGGAUUUAAAACCGGAGCUAAGUUACCAGAAAGACGGUUUAAACAAAAACCUUUUGGCAGGCAUUGGGAGUAG